CCAUCCACAGAAACAGGCAGCUGUCUGUGUAAAGCUGUCAAUUACACCUUGAAUGGUGUUCGCUUGACCAGAGUAAUUUGCGCCUGCGACAAUUGUCAACGUAUGAGUGGCAGCGUGUUCUCGUCAAUCCGGCAUUACAAGGACGCGACAUUGACACUGGACUCCGGGGCCGAUGUAAUCAAGAAGUACGAAGAUUCGAAUACCAAGAGUGGUAACACGACUGAGAGGUGGUUUUGCGGGAAUUGC